AUGGGAAAGACAAUUUCGUUGUACGGAUUCUCUUCUGUUGAGCACGCGGAAGAAGUGAAGAGGUUUCUGGAGCAAUACACUGGAGAAGGUAGUGUUUGUGCUGUUGAGAUUGGGCAGUACAAGAAUGAUUUAAGGAAACAUGCCAAGGUUCAGUUCACAGACUCUGAGAGUGCUGAAACCAUAAAAUCAUUGGCUAAUAAACGAAUUUGGUAUGGUGACUGUUAUCUAAGAGCACGGGAUUUGUGCACCGAAAUGGUACCAGAGCCGAAGGCUUAUCUUUGCAGCAUGGAUAAUGUAACGCUGCAUUUCGGAUGUCAGGUUUCUAAGCAGAAGUUUUCUGUGCUCUGGAGAGGAGAGAGUGUUUGUGUCAAAUUUGGAGAAGAGCUAAGGAAGCUCUACUUCUUUUUGUCUUAUGAUUCUGUUGAUUACAAGCUAGAGCUCUCCUAUGAGAGCAUUAGGCAGAUUGAGCUACAUCAACUGCACAGCGAGACUUCGAAGUUUCUUGUCCUUCAG